AACAUGAGGAUUAGUAAGUGGGUUUUUUUUGUUUGCUUGUUUUUUUUAUACAGUUCAUUUGUGACGGGGACAGCCUGCUGUGGACACACCUCACCUCUGAGAAUCUGGGACCUUGAGAGUGGUCAGCUGUUGACCUGUUUAGGGACUGACUUCCACCGUGGAGCUGGAGUCCUUGAUGUCUUCUACGAAACGCCCUCUCUUCUGCUUUCUUGUGGGUACGACACCUACAUCCGCUACUGGGACAUACGGACCAGCACCAGGAAGUGCGUCCAGGAGUGGGAAGAGCCCCAUGACAGUGCCCUGUACUGCAUACGGAGUGAUAAGAACCAUAUGAUUGCAAGCGGCUCUUCUUACUACGGCGUGGUGCGCCUCUGGGAUAAGCGGCAGACUCGGUGCCUGCAGAGCUUUCACCUGUCUUCACCCACCAGCAGCCCAGUGUACUGCCUUCGUUUCAGUACCACCCAUCUGUACGCUGCCCUGGCAUCAGCCCUGCACGUCCUAGACUUCACGACUCCUUGAAGGGCACCACAGCUGCUUCUGGUCACCCCAACUCAGCAGAGUUGACACUUGGCUCAGGGAAUUGCAGGGCAGGAGAGGUGAGAAUGGCCCUCGAGGCUUCUGAAGGAGAUUUUUUGCCUGCCAGAAAGCUACAUUGAAGAGUGCACAAAGGGCCAGACUUUCUCAACCUCACCUGCCUGUUAGUGGAAAUAAAGGCCAAUUGUCCUUUACCCUUUUUAUUUUGUGCAAGUCAGGGUUUGUUUUAACUGCGUUCUUUUUUCUUUUUUUUUUUCUUCUUUUUUUCUGAUUUUCUGUGGAUCCAGCAUUUGAGGGGCAAGUUGAGCCGGGAUGCCCUGUCAGCUGUGUGUGCUGGUCAG